GCAAUGUGGGAAAUAGAGGAGUCAAAGAAAACUCUUAACUUUGGAGAAGACUUUGUUUAUCGAUGUAAGAUAAUGCUUCCAAUCAACUCUCCUCUGAAAGGCACCAUAGAGGGUCCGUGGCAGAAGAAAGUAUCUCUAGCAAAAAUGUCAGCUGCUCUUAAGUGUUGUCGUUGCCUUCAUGAAAUGGGCGAAUUAGAUGACCAGCUACAGCCAGUAGGAAAAGAAAGUAUGAAUUUGGACGACCACCUUUGUCCACCACCUGUGGAUGAUCAAGUUCCAGAAGGGAUGCCCCGUCCUGGUACAACCAAACGCCGGCAAUAUUAUUACAAGAAGGUUGCAGACUGUUUAACUGGUGAUCAGCCAAGAGAAGAGUUGGAAUUAUUUGUAUAUAAAUUGGAUAUGGUUCUGACUUGCCCAAUCCCAGACGAGCAGAAUACACGUGGACGCAAAAUUUACCGUCCUGAGCAAUCUACACGAUCACUUGGUAUUGUAACUACAAAACCAAUAUCUAAGGUCAGUGGAUUCCCAGUGUUUACAAGGUCUGGAGAAGUCGUCAUUCGUAUUAAAGAGAUUGGCAGUAAUGUUCGCAUGACAAAGGACCAGUUGAUGUCCUUGCAGUGUUUCCACAAAUUCACCUUUACUCAUGUUCUUCGACUGGAAAAGUACCCUAUCAAGUUUGAUCCUACCAAUGCUAAAACUGCAUUUUACAUUGUUCCCUUAAACAAAUUUGUUGGCUAUGAGGGAAUCGACUGGGAUUUCAUAAAAGAGAUAGAGAUGGAAGGUGACCCAAGACCAGUUCCUCCUGAGGAUGCAGCCAGGAAAAAAUUUCAUUUUGAGCAUGGUCUUUAUGAGGAUGCAGUUGUCAUGCCAUGGUAUCGAAACCAAGAUCAGCCACAGUACUUCUAUGUUGCCGAAAUCUGCACUCACCUCAACCCACAGAGUGAUUUUCCAGAUGCUGGAUUUGAAACUUUUGAAAAAUAUUAUUUAACUAAGUAUGGCCUUCAGAUAUGUAACUUGAGCCAGCCGCUACUGGAUGUAGAUCACACAUCUGGUCGACUUAAUCUCCUCACUCCUAGGCAUGUUAAUAGGAAAGGUGUAGCACUCCCUACCACAUCAGAAGAAACCAAGAGAGCAAAACGUGAGAAUUUGCAGCAGAAGCAAAUCCUGGUACCUGAAUUAUGUACAAUACAUCCAUUCCCUGCUUCUCUUUGGCGUAAAGCUGUGUGUUUACCCACAAUAUUGUACCGAAUCAAUGCAUUACUUCUUGCUGAUCAACUCCGUUUGUGUGUAGCACGUGAAGUGGGUCUUGGACUUGAAGUUCUACCUCAAGAUUUUGAUUGGCCCCCAUUAGAUUUUGGAUGGAGUCUUGCUGAUGUCUUAAAGAAGAACCAAGAAAAUCAACAGCAGCAACAGCAGCAGGAAUCUUUUGAAAAAGCAAAUGAAAGCAACACCAAUAAGCAGAUGAAGAAGAAACUGGAAUCUCCUACAGAUUCUUCUCCUACUCCUUCAAAGAAAAAAAUCACCAAAAAUGGCAUUGACAUGGAGAUUGGCACUUGGUCAAAUGACAUGGCUGUGGACCCACCAACACCACCUUUUGAUAUGAGUGCUGAUAUGAGCACAGCUGAUGAUUUUGAGAUAGACACUUUUGAUCCUAAUGUUGCUUUACCAGAUAACCUAACCCUGUUGGAUGGGUUUACAGCAAAUGAUGAUGUUGAAGGAGAGUUAGGUGCCGAUUGGGGCACUGGUAUUACUGAACGUAGAUCCAAAAGUGGAUGCCACAAAGAGAGUGGCGAAGUAUUCCGUGUGGGUUCUCCAUCUAAUUUUGAAGCUGACGGUUGGGAUAUGUUCAGUGGUCCAGAAAAUAGUUAUGGUGGUUAUGGAGCUUACGAUGCAUACGGUGGCUAUGGAGACUUCCAAGGCUUAGCUGAUGAUUUAGAGGGCUGUGAGUCUGAUGUUUCUUCAGAUAUGGAAGAUGAUGACAAGAGUCAAAUUGACAAGUGGGAUGAAGAAGGGAGCAAGGGUCGCUCUGGACUGGUUGCUGACGAGGGGUCAUCAGAUGAAGAGGUUGAUUUGCAUUGGCCUUUUUGUGAUGAUGACAGUAUCAGGAUUGCCAAGGAGACAGAAUUCCAGAAAUACCUAGAUGAGAAAUAUGAAUCAAUAUUGUCAAGUUCAUCUUAUUUGUCAGAGAGUGACCCAUUAGUGAUAGAAAAAACAUUCAGGAAGAAUGUGAGUGAUAAUAAAGUCACAACAUGCAAGGACGUUGCAUCCGUUACAAAAUCUACAUUUCAAGGCUGUGAACAGAAGGUUUCUAAAGGCUGUGAUAAUGCUCAACUAUCUACCUCAACUGUUGCUCUGACUGUGAAUCGCACACAAACCCUCACCAUUUCCAUACGGGAUGUUGGUGUUGAAAUAUCCGCAUGGGAAAAUGACAAUAAUGAGAUUCAGUUCAGUUUUGACUUUCAACCAGAUCUCUUGAACCAUCCAGGACCUUCUCCAAGUGUUAUUCUGCAAGCUUUAACCAUGUCAAAUGCAAAUGAUGGGGUCAAUCUAGAAAGGUUAGAAACUAUUGGAGAUUCAUUUCUCAAAUAUGCCAUUACCACUUUCCUGUAUUGUACAUAUCCUCAGCGCCACGAAGGCAAGCUCAGUUAUUUACGCUCGAAACAAGUCAGUAAUCUUAAUUUGUAUCGUUUAGGUAAGAGGAAGGGCUUGGGAGAAUGUAUGGUUGCUACAAAGUUUGAACCCCAUGAUAACUGGUUGCCCCCUGGAUAUUUUGUCCCUCGUGAAUUGGAGGAAGCUCUCAUUGACUCUGGAGUUCCUGCUGGUCAUUGGAAUAUGGCUGAUUUACCAGGAUUACAUGAUUUAGCUAGUGAUGAAAUAAGAAGGUUGGUACAGGAACGGUCAGAGCAAAUCAAACGAAGCAAAAAUGAACAAGUUACCACUGAGUUAAUGGCAACACAAAAUCCUCAUGACCUCCCCAUCUUCAUCCCAUAUAAUUUAUUAACACAGCAUAGUAUCCCUGACAAAAGUAUUGCAGAUUGUGUUGAAGCUUUAAUCGGUGCUUAUCUGACUACUUGUGGUCCACGUGGUGCUUUAUUGUUCAUGUCAUGGUUAGGGAUCAAGGUGCUGCCAUAUAAAAUUGAAAAAGGUUUAGCAAGUGAAGAAAUCAUUUAUGGGCAUUUAGAUCCACCACAGUCACCACUUCACCAUUGUCCAGUUGUUGAAACAGAGAAACAGUUGGAGCUAUUACUGAGUGGAUAUAAAGUCUUUGAGGAAAAAAUUGGCUACCAUUUUCGUGAUCGCUCAUACCUCUUACAAGCCUUUACACACGCUUCAUAUUAUAAGAACCGUUUGACAGACUGCUAUCAGAGGUUGGAGUUCUUGGGGGAUGCAGUACUAGACUACCUAAUAACUCGACACCUUUAUGAAGAUAAGCGACAGCAUUCACCUGGUGCUUUGACAGAUCUACGAUCUGCUCUCGUCAACAACACUAUUUUUGCCUCGCUAGCAGUAAAGUAUGACUAUCACAAAUACUUCCGUCAUUUUUCGCCAGGCUUAGACCGCGUUGUUAGGGAUUUUGUUAAAAUGCAAGAGGAGAAUGGUCAUAAAAUAAAUGAAGAGUACUACUUCAUGGAAGAAGAUGAAUGUGAAGCAGCAGAGGAUAUAGAAGUCCCCAAAGCACUUGGAGACGUGUUUGAGAGUGUAGCUGGAGCCAUAUUUCUUGAUUCUGGUAGGUCUCUAGAUGCUGUAUGGACAGUUUACUACAAAAUGAUGUGCCGAGAAAUAGAGCAGUUCAGUGGAGUUGUGCCCAAGUCUCCAAUUAGAGAAUUAUUAGAAAUGGAACCUGAAACUGCCAAAUUUGGCAAGCCUGAACGACUUGUUGAUGGAAAAGUUAGGGUAUCUGUUGAGAUUUUUGGAAAGGGUUCAUUUUCUGGCGUUGGCCGUAAUUACCGCAUUGCUAAAUCUACCGCAGCAAAGCGAGCACUCAGGCACUUGAAAAAGCUGCAGAUGAUAGCCAAUCAAGGUGUGUAAUUUACAGAUAACUAUUAGGUUAUGGUAAAAAGUAGAAUUGUAAAAUUUAUUUAGAAAUUUUAUGUACCUUAACGUAAGUUCAUGAAAUGUUCUUCAAAUAUUUAUUCAUAUUGUGCGCAAAUUUUCAUUUUGUAAGGGCAUCUUUGGCAUGAGAAGUUUGCAUGAUGUUUUGUUGCAUUGGCACACAAGUGGAAAGAAUGUAAUUUGAAUCAUCAUAACUUGUGGUUAGUUCUGCUGUUAAGGGUUCUCUAUAAAAAACGGUUUUAGUCAGCAAAAUGAGUGUUACACUGAACAGUACAAAAGUGCAUAAUAGGCAAAAAUUAUUUGUUGCAGUUUUUCCUGCAUUAGUCAACGUGCAAUUACAAAAUGUAAAGUAUAUAUAUCAAAGACUGUAAAGUUUGUAUUAUACAGUAAUUAUUACUCUAUAUAAAUAUAACAUCACCAUUAAUAGUUCAUCUAUGAAACAUAUAUGCAGUGAAUUUUAUGUUAGAGCAAGAAAAUCCAUUGUCAACUAAACUGAAUAUCUGGCUUUGAUUAGCCAUUGUAAAGCCAGGCUAAAAGACAAUUGUGAUAAAAAAAGUUGUAAAGGUGGUGUCAGCUCAAUUAUUUGUUCACAUUAUUAACAAUAAUGCUGUCUUAUUUGUAAAACAAUACUGAUAAAUGUAUUAGUUUUGUAUCUGAGUGAAAACCUUGUUACCUGAUACUACACUCUAUAAGGAAAUCCUCAAUUCGUUACACAUACAGUCAAAGAAGGUUAAGGAUGAUCUUCAUAUCUCAGAUCCUACAUGAUUUUAAUGAAGUCUUACAUUUAAAAGAGAAGGAUAUUGAAAUUGCAAAUAUUUAAUUUUUGCACUCAGAAAUGCAGAAUACCAUACUGUGUUUAAAAAGGAAAGCGUGCUCCAUGAAGUAUAAAAUCAUAGCAUACUAAAUUAGGUUUUAAAAGUACUGUUAGGAUUUGUUCUAUGCCAAAUUCAUCUUUGUCAAUUUUUUAACAUAAAACUGCAGUUUAACCAUAUGGUCGCCACAUGUUGGCUUCAAGGCAGUUUACAUGAGACAAGUGCAAUUACAAUUCUUUUAUCAGUAUUGAAAUUCUGUGGUAUACCAUAUAAAUAUAGUUAUAUUGAAUCAAGUCCAAAAAAUGUCACAUAUGUCAUAACACAACACAAAUUCAUUAUUUUGAGCUGCAAAGGUAGACUGAAGGAAAUCAGGAGUACAAUUUUCUCUCCAUUGGUGACAGCUGUUCUAACUUAUCAGAUUACCUUUACAAGACCUUGCUCUACCGUAUUUCCUGUUAUCGUCCCUUUAGGCUCUCAAGAUAAUGAGUUUACAUAUGUAUUUGACCAUUAAUUAUGCAUAACUGAUGCAGUUGGAGUUUGGUUUUCCCGGUGAACACAAUUUUAUGAUGGUGGAAGUAUUUGCAACUUCACAGUUGGCAGUGAUUAAGGAAUCAGUUUGCCUCUAGUGCAAAUCCUUUGUAUGUUAUUAGCUGUGAUCCCUUACCUGAGACUCAUUACCUGAAAUUUAAGUUCAAAUAAUCAUAUCUGCUGUGAGUUCUUUGUUUUGCAGUGUUCUGUUCAACUGCAAAUGUGUGUAUGUUUCUUGCAGUCAUGUGAAGGCAUUGUUUACUUGUGGAUGGCUUUUGGGAUAUUUUGAUUCCAUUGGAGAGUGAUUCAUAGCAGUAAUUGUUUUACUAUCAUACACCACCUACUUUUCCAAGUAAUACUAACUCUGUUUGCAGUAUUGGGUGUAUUUCUUACUGAAUAGAAAUCACUGUUACAUAAAGAAAGCACAGCACUGAAUAGAAAUCACUGUUUCAGAAAGAAAGCACAGCAGAACAUCUACCUUGGUUUACCUCUUAUUUUAUAUACUAGUGCAAAUAUGUUUUAGGGUUUUAAGAUUGGAAUCAUUUAAUUAAAAAGACCAUUAUUUUUAUUUUGUUAAGUUUUACAUUUUUACUUUAAAAAAUGGGUAGUAUGUAGGUAGGAUGUGGGUAACAUUCAAUAUAUUGUGAUUGUUUAUGCUUCUGUGGUGUUUUGGUUAUUAAGUUAUGCACAUUUUAGCAUUAUAAAAAGGCAACUAGGUUACCAGUGGAAAAAGUGUAUCCAUGUGCUGAUGUCGUUAUUCAAGUGAAAAGAUGUUUUAGGUGUUGUGUUAAUUGCUUGAAUAACCUAAGUACUAUUGUGUUGCCUGCUCUUUGCCUUUGAUUUCAUAAUUCAUUAUGUGAUUAUUGUGUGCUGAUAAUUACUGGUUGGAUAUUUAGAACACUUUUUUACAAUGAUGAUGAUUGUAAAUUCCAUAUGCAAAAUUAUCAUGUUACAUAUAUAUAUAUACAUACAUACAUACAUACAUACAUACAUACACACAUAUCUAUCUAUCUAUCUAUCUAUAUCUGCAGUGGUAAAUUCUAUUACAUAAGAAAAUUGCAGUGUCUGUUGAAGUAUAAUCUGCUAAAUGUCAGGACUGUGUUCUGCUCCAGAUGUAGUAAAGAAACCCCUUUUUGAGAACCAAAAUGUAUUUCAGUCAAGUUAUUCAUGUUAUGUCUACUCUUGAAAUGACCUACUACACUGUAUAAUGGUGUUUUAAAAUUUGAACUGAAAGUCCCUGUUUUCAUAUUGAGCCCCACACAACAUAUUUGAUGAUGAUCAUUCCACUCAGUGGUGAUUUUGUUAGUUAGAGAAAAUGUAUCCUUUUAAAUACAACAAGGGCUUUUGCAUUUUAAAUAGAAUAGGUGUGUAAUAUAUCAGUUAUUUAGUAGUAACCUAUUCAGUAAUAUUUGUGUCAGUUAAUGCUCAGAAAUUUAGGUGCAUGUUUUCAAUAUAGUGAGUAGCAUUAUGUGUAGUAGAAUGAUGGGAAUACAUGAUCAUGACAUGCAGACUGAUUUAUGCUGGUGAUAGCUAGUUGCUAUAUUUAGAAGUCAGAUGGAUUAUUCAAUAAUUAGAUAUAUAUCUUUAUUUCAGUUGCCAGAUUAUGUAUGUGAAAAAAGAGAGAGCGAUAAAAUUCUCAGUCUUAUUUACUAGAAUCAAACUUUUGAUUCAGCCAUUAUAGAGAAGAUUUAUAACAGAAUUUUUUCAUCAUUCAGGAAUCAUAGUUUUUAAUGCAAUCACGAUUAUUUUUUGUCUUGGGUUUCUGGUAUUCAUCCAACAUAUUUUCAUUCGAAAUGUCAUUCUCCAUGACUCGUGAUUUUGAUGUAGACAAAAUUAGCAUUUUCACAACUAGCUUUUUAUUAACAUAUUGCAGUCGUGUAGUUGUCAUUAUUAUAGAUCACCUCAGUCUGUUGGUAGCUUGAUCCAUUUCACAAUAUCUUAUAUGAUAGUGUUGAUAUUACAUUAUUCCAAAUGUUUAUUGUGUGAAGCUUGGAUCCCUGGUAAUUUGCUAGUCUUUUUUUCGGUCCAAGUAAUUUUUCUCCCUUUAGGGGCUCGGUUUUAGCAUAGCUCAUUUGCUAUCUUUUAGGGUUUCACCUGUCCAGUAAAUCCUGUAAGGGCAAUAGGCAUCAACUCAGUGAAUGACUUCAGCAAUGCAACUGCUGCCUUUUGGUAGGUUGUGUUGAGCAUUCAUUCGUCACUGCCAUAGUUCAGUAUGCAUUCAGUGGGUUUUUGCAAGGCAGCUUGCAGGUUCAUUGGCAAAGCAAAGAGAAAUGGUAAUUUUUUAUAAAAUAAUCAUAAGUUUCAAUAUUUAUCACCUGAAGGCAAGAAAAAUUGACUGAAAUUGCCCAUUACCACAUAUUUUUAGAAUUUUGCAAAAAGAUAGCAAAUACAACAUAGUUUUAAGUGGUGUUUGUCACUAAACAAUUUAAAAAAAAUGUGCCAUUGCAGGCUGUUUCUACUAGCAUGUGUUGCCUCUUGGCUUACAGCAUGAGAGACAUUGGAUGCUAGUUGCCUAUUUUAUUGUGAUCCAUUCCCUGCACUGGUGCUCAGCUGUGUAGUUUUAAGGACUUUACAUAAUUUUUAAGAGAAUAUGCCAUAACAUUUCUUAUUUACUGCUUUUAAAGUACAGUUAUGUAUAUUAACAGGCACAUGACAUUGAUAUAAGGUUUUUUUUUUUAUCAUUUCUCAAUAUUUUCUCCCCUAGUUCACUAGUAGAUAAAUAUCAAUAGUAAUUUUCAUGGUGUCCAGUUAUAGCUUCAGUGUAGUUAACCAUCUUGUUCCAUAAGGUGCAUUAUUGAGGUUUUAUAAUUUUAACAGGGGGGGAUAAAAGGAAAGCUGACCAGUUCCUAAAUGGCUUGUGUUGAUUUUUUUUUUUUUUUUUUUUUUUUUUUUUUUUUUUUUUUUUUUUUUUUCAUUUCAUUGGAAAGAAACAUUUCACAAGAUAUUUUAAGGAAACUAUAUCUGAAAAUCAGUGCACUAUGAACUGCGCACUACCUCAGGUUUUGUUCUUACGGUAUCUUAAUUAUUCUGUUUUUCAGAUUUUGUUUUGCUUGAAAGUUUUUCAGAUUACAUGCUACUAGAUUUCAUAAAGUUUCCCAUGAAGAAAUAUUUUAUUGGAAAUAUAAUCAUCAUUAAGUUACAGAACACUUUGUGCAUCUUGUAGGUGAUUUUUAUUUUGUACCUCUGAAAAUGAGUAUGUUUUUAGAGUAACGGGAAAAAUUUUAUUUGUUAGUAUUUAAUUUUGAUAAAUCUUCAUCAAUUUGUUCAUGUCUAAAUAAAUACGUAUAGUAUACUGUAAUUGUAUAAGAGCUGAAAAGUUUUGACAUCAGACAGUUUUCUAUCAUUUUUAUAUUCAAUCAUAAUUUUUAGGGCUUUCUUAAUUAUAUUACAAAAUAUUUCUUGUAUUAAUAGAAUUUUUUUUAUUUAGUUUAGUUGUCAUAGUUCCUUAAUGUUUUUAUAUGAAUUGCAGAAUGAUUGUAGAUUGGUAUACUCUAUUGGUUAUGGCUAAGUUAAGUUGUAAAGCUGUUUUCACCUGUUACUUUAACCUCAAUUGUGCACCAUAUAAUGUAAGCCCGAGUUUGUGCCAAGUUUGGUUUCCAUGUCACUAUUAGGAGUAACGACUCUUCCAGCGUUUCCUGGGUGAUAGGGGUCCUAGACUUGAAGUAGAGCUCAGGUAGGAUGCAAACUGGUUUCCACUUGUAUAUAAGUCUAAAAUAAGAGGUUAACCCGAGAUUCAAUCUGUUUUUGCUUGGGAAGAAAGUGAAUUUAUAUAUACCUUUGUACAUCAGUGAAAAAAUGCUGAACAAUGAUUUGAAUGGCUGUACUAGCUUUAAAAUGAGCAGUUAAGAAAAGUUCAUAAAUUCAGAACAUUUAUUGUAUGAUAUUGGUUUUCAUUUAAUUGAUUUGGAGCUUUAAGUUUUUGUAGCCUUCAAAAAAUCUCAUCUUUUAUUAACAAGCACACUUAAUUAAUACUAUGCUAAUUAUGUGCAGAUUGUUACUUUUUUCUAGUAGUACAAUCUUGUAGAAAUUUGAAAAUUUGUGAUCCAGGGGCUGCUUUUGAAUUUUUUCAGGGUUAAAUAAGUUUAUGGGAAAUUAUUUAUUAGUCUUUCUAAUAUUUCUUGGAGAAAACAAUCUUGGUGUAAUAUUGUUUUAAGAAUUGUCAGAUCAGUUGCCAUUUAUAUACUUUUGCUCAUAAUUUUUUUUUCGUUACUGUACAGUUACUUUGUUUUGGCAAUGCAUUGAGAAUACUUAGGAAUACUUGAAAAGUAGGUUUUUUCAGGCAUUAUUGCUGUAUUUGUGUUAUUAUGAUUACUUUUUGCAAUGUUAAUUUUAUAUUAUUAAAUAAUUUAACAAGGCA